AUGGGUACAAGUCAGCCACAAAGAGGUGUUCAGCAACCACCGAGAGGCCGUGGUCAGGCCAGGGGUGGUAAUGGAUUCAGUCAUGGUCGUAGAGCACUGGGCAGUGGUGUUGGUUAUACUGAGGCGAGGCAGCCGGUACUGGUUUAUGUUGCACAUAUAGGAUAUACACAUUCUUAUGUUGAUUGCACUGUUACUGAGAAAUUGGGGAUUCUAGUUGAGAAUACUCUAAGCGGAAUUACUGUUCUAAGUCCACUGAGACAGUCUGUGAGGGUAAAUAAGUUGUUUAGAGAUGUUCCCUUGGAGAUACGAGGAGUUGUUUUUCUGGCCGAUCAUAUGGAGCUGCCAUUUGGAGAAUUCAAUUUAAUACUAAGUAUGGAUUGGCUAGUUAAACAUCGGGUAAGCUUGGAUUGUGCCACUAAACGGGUUGUACUGAGAACUGAGGCAGAUGAGGAGGUAGUGGUAAUUGGGGAGCGAUGGAACUAUUUAAGUAAUGUAAUUUCUGCACUAAGGGUCGAGAAGUUUGUUCGCAAGGGUUGCGAGGCGUUCUUGGCUUACGUCAGUGUUUUAUAUGUUAGUGACUCUUCGAUAAAGGAUAUUAGAAUAGUCAAGGAUUUUUUGGACGUCUUUCUUGAGGAGUUACCGAGGUUACCUCCAGAGCGUAGAGUGGAGUUUGGGAUUGAGCUCUUUCCUGGUACAACUCCAGUGUCCAUCGCCCCUUACAGAAUGGCACUGAAGGAGCUUGUAGAGCUUAAGGCCCAGAUAUAA